CUGGGCUUGAUCCAACUCCGUUCAAAGCAAAAGUGGCGCAGUUCCGUACAACCUCCUAGGUCGCUACAAAAUUCGACAUCAAGUACGAAACUCUACGACGACACAUAUCGAAGCCGACAUCUACAACGCGCAAGCCAUAUGGAGGACAAAACCGAGUAUUGACUCCUGCACAAGAUGCUGCAAUUUGACGAUUUAUACAUGACCAACUCGAGCGCAGUAUUCCUGCAAAUCGGAGUACGCUGCUACAAGCUGUCGCAGACUUGCUUGAUGAGACAGGUUACAUGAUUGGAUGCUAUCGGUCUACAGAUGUAAUUGUACCAGUCGGAGUAAAGCAGUGGAUUGUAGAUAACCCUGAUAAUCGACUCUCUGUUACUGUCAUCGGAACUAUAAAUGCUAAGGGAUAUGCACUUCCUAAGUGUAUUAUAUUACCAGGAAAGCUUCAUGUGGAGUCAUGAUAUGAUAAUCUUGAGCCUGACGCUCUUGUAAUCGUUAAUGCGGUUGGAAUUCAAUAUCUGCACCACUUUAUUCAACAUUCAGCAGCGUACUCAUCAUGUAAUGAGACUUUUGAUAGUUGACGGUCACGAUUCACAUAAAACCGAGCAGUUUAUCACAAUAGCAUCAAAAGGCUCUUGAUAAAGCAGUCCGGAGUUUUGAUUAUGAGUAUAAACUUCGAACAUUCCUCUCUGAUCUACCACAUAUUCGUGGAAGAGAGUACAGUACCAGUACAAUCACAGUACAGCUGUUUUCAGAGUAUCGCGGUACUGUACCCCAUAGAACAGUGGAAGCUUCCCUCCGAUCGCCUGAGGUCUUCAGCAAGGGCCGCAAGAUCAACCCAAGGAUGAACGGACUUUACGUACAUAAUCGUAUGCAGUACGUGGCUUGAUUUUCUUUUGCUUCAAUCGCAAGACUCCAUUGUGUGGAGGUAUGUGUAUAUCACGGUAUACAAUCGACAGAGAAGUGGUGCUUGCUCCACGUAAUCGCCGUACCAAGAUCUGAUCAUCUGUGGAUCUUCUGGAUCUUCAGAGAAUCUCCUCGUCUCCCCUUUUGACAACCGUCCUGGCGCAAAAGAUAGUUUUUUCAGCCAAUUGGUAUAUUCAUGUAUUAUACCUAGAUCAUCAUCUCGCAAUCGGACAUAUCUAGAGCUGUGCUAGGAAGGUGAAAGUGAUCCCUUCACCGCCCGGCAGUACACUGCCUCUAUUCCCCACCCAGCAACAUAUGAGGCUGUGCUAUGGUACUGACUGCCCUCCGCUCUCCAAGUUGCUCUCAGCUCUCCCUCUGUCUGUACCUUCCAUGCCAACCAACACCGUCGAUCUGGUAGAGCCAUAUUUCUCUAGCUCCAUAAACCAAUCGACCAUGCACUUUGCUCACGUACUGCCUUACCUGACGGGCAGAGACGUAUGAUGAACACCAUGGCACGUUUUUUAUCCAUCUCCUAUACCUGCCACGCUCUGCCUGCUCUGUGCUCCUUGUUUAUCUGGCUCUCACCACAACCACCCCAUUUCGCUGCUCGUAACGCCCAUUGAGUAUAUAUAUCCAUAUCUGCCAAAGCUGCACGAAAGGCCUCCCUCCCAGCGCGUUUGUGCCCCCUUAACCUUGCGCUUUCUCCCAGGGCGCAACUAUGAGUGCGGACGACAGGGCCCCCGAUUCUGGAGAUGACCCCCGCUUAGAGAAGAUCGAGCCAUCAUUGCCAAGGGUCAUUCAGGAUGUUAAAGAGGAAGAUACGGACUCUCCGGCGUUACAUCCUUCAGUCUAUGUUGUGAUUUGGAUCUCGCUGAGCUCCAGCGUCAUUCUGUUCAACAAAUGGAUCCUCGAUUCCCAAGAAUUCCGUAAAACACCCCAAUUCAACCUAUAUCGUUGCAAUGGCUAAAUCAACCACCCAGGAUACCCCGUACUUCUCACAGCAUGGCAUCUUUUCUUUGCGACGGUAAUGACGCAGAUCAUGGCUCGAACGACGACCCUCCUCGAUGGACGAAAGAAUGUUCGCAUGAAUACGCGCAUGUAUAUACGGACUAUCCUCCCCAUAGGGAUAGUUUACAGUCUUAGUCUGAUAUGCGGAAACCUGACGUAUUUAUACCUCAGCGUCGCAUUCAUCCAGAUGCUCAAGGCGACGACGCCAGUGGCUGUCCUUGUAACGGGCUGGUUCUUCGGGGUUCAAAAGCCCAACAUGCGGGUUCUGUUUAACGUCUCCUUCAUCGUCAUCGGUGUCGUCCUAGCCUCGUUCGGAGAGAUCAAAUUCGUGAUGCUCGGGUUCCUCUUCCAAUGCGGUGGAAUCAUGUUCGAAGCCGUGCGACUCGUCAUGGUGCAACGUCUCCUCAACGCCCCUGAUUCGAAGAUGGACCCACUCGUAUCCCUGUACUACUUUGCGCCAGUCUGCACAGUUUUCAAUGGCCUGAUCGCAUUGGCAUGGGAGGUACCGAAAGUCUCAAUGGAAGAGGUCCACAAAGUCGGGUUGCUUAACUUCGCCCUCAACGCCAUGGUGGCGUUCGCAUUAAACAUAUCUGUGGUCUUCCUCAUCGGAAAGACGUCCUCCCUCGUGCUCACGCUUUGCGGCGUCCUCAAGGAUAUCCUCCUUGUAGCAGCCUCAAUGAUGAUCUGGGGCACCAUUGUCACGCCCCUCCAGUUUAUCGGAUAUGCCAUCGCCCUGGGUGGCCUGGUAUACUACAAACUCGGCGGCGAGCAGGUACGGACACAUCUGGAGAUGGCCAGCCAGCGUUGGAGAUCGAUGUCGUCACGCCGCCCGUUCCUGUGGAGGAUGCCCAUGUUCAUCAUUGCAUUCUGCAUUGUUUACGCGCUUGUCGAUGCCCUAGCUCCUUCAUAUGCCCCAAAGUAUGACCCGGAGAGGGUGUCAGCGGCAUACCUGGCGGCGAAGGAGAGGUAUAAGAAUGGCGGUGCAAAUAUCCCCAAAGACGGCUGA